UAAAAAGGAAAAAAGAAAGAAUAGUAAACUGGAGUCCAGAGCUGACUACCGGCAUCAGAAAUGGCGCGAGGAUCAUCGUCUUCGAAGAGGGACGAAGCAAAAGGAGAAAUGGAUCCUGAGAUUGCAGCACGAAAGCGGCUUAAGAAGCUUGCAUUUACGAAUAACAUACUUUCAGAAACCCAGGCCAAGCCCCAGGCGUAUCUGAGCCCUUCAGCGACGGUUCUGAAGCACCAUGGCAAAGACAUUGUCAAGAAAUCUCAGCGAAAGAACAGGUUCCUCUUCUCGUUUUCGGGCUUGCUCGCCCCCGUUAGUGGAGGCAAGAUUGGCGAGCUCAAGGAUUUGGGGACCAAGAAUCCCAUUCUCUAUCUCGACUUUCCUCAGGGGCGUCUAAAGUUGUUUGGAACUAUCGUGUAUCCGAAGAACAGAUAUUUGACUUUGCAGUUUUCUAGAGGCGGAAAGAAUGUGAUGUGUGAAGAUUGUUUUGAUAAUAUGAUUGUCUUUUCUGAUGCAUGGUGGAUUGGAACAAAAGAUGAAAAUCCAGAGGAGGACCGUCUUGAUUUUCCUAAAGAAAUGACUAUGGGAAAAUGUGGAGAAUAUGACUUUAACGGUGGUGCUGGUGUAGCCAGUACGAGUAAGCAGAGUGUUCAAAAGAAGGGAAUCGAUCGUGCCGAAGAAAAUUCCCUUAAAGAAGAACAUGGAGAUGACUUAGUGGACCUGGAAGACAACAUGACAAAUUCAAUGAAGACUACGCCAGUUAGACAUUCUGAAAGAUCUGGCGGAAAAGUAUUCAAUUUUGCACAGGCUUUUUCUAAGGAGGAGUCUGCUGGCACUUUGGCUGAUUUUUCUGAAGGAGAAGAAAAGAAUAUUGUCAUAUAUGAACCUUCAAUUGGAGAUCAUGCUAGUGAAAAGACAGAAGUUGUCUCUGUCGAUUCUGAAGAUAAAGAUGCUGUGGAAAGACCUCGAUUUCUUGAAGGAAAUAAAACACCAAUUUCUAAGUCUAAAAAUGGUUCUCGGGCCAAAGGAAAUGCUCAGAGUGGUAAUCGUGGUUUACUUGUCCAGCCUACUCUACCAAGUUUGUUCAAGAAAGUGGAGGAAAAGAGGACACCAAGAAGUUCAAAGAGGUCUUCAACACCCAAAGUUUCUGCCCAAAAGAAGCAGCUCUCUGGUUCAAAGCAAAAGAUUGACCAGGAUGAAGGAUUAAAGAAGAGGGGGGUUGUCCAGGGACAAGAUGAUGGAGGAAAAUUCGGGAGGAAGGAUACAGAAUAUGAGGACGAAGAUGACAUCGAAGAGUUGUUGAGCUCUCAAGAGGACACUGAUGAAGAUUGGACAAGUUGAGGUUACAUUCUAACAAUGUAACCCACAGCAGCUAGGAUUGCAUUGCAAGGAUUGUAUUCAAAGAGUGCCAUGCUCUACCAGUUUCUUUGAUGCUGCUCGGUAACUAAAAUUAAAGAAACUAACCAUAAAAUAGUCUUGAAGUUAAGUUUUUAUCAUAAAGUUAGGCAAUGUAAAACUGUACACAUUUCAUAGGGGCUUGGACCAAAUUUGCAACUUAAAAGUUGAAAGUAUUCUACAAUCUUAUCGAUUAAGCCAUAUGUUAGAGGUU